GGACCAGCCUUGGAGGCGUAGCUCCUUGAAGUAUCAGCAAGUGCAGAACAAGGAACAGACUCAGAUUCAUUUAAGGAGGUGGAGAGUUGCGCACACAAGUUCACCGCAGUGGAGUUGAAGUUAUCCUUUAUCCCCCAAAACGAGAAAACGAAUCUCUUCUUUUAAAGAGGAUACUUCAGCGAGGGAGCAGGAAUCCAAAACAAGUUCUAUCCCAGUCAUAAGUGGUGUGAGUGUCACCUCCCAGUGGUCUGUGGUCCUCUCCCAGUGCUGAAAAAUGAGUCUGAGCACCAGUGAUCUGGAGGAACUUUGGGAGUCGUUUGGGGAGCUCAACUUCUCAGAAGCCUUUAGCAACAUAACCAGUGUGGAUUCGAUGGUGUGUGCCACGGCUUUUAACCGCAACGCUUUGCUCUACUCCAUGUGUGUCCUCUACACUUUUAUCUUCAUUGUUGGUCUUGCUGCUAACGCUCUGGUCCUCUGGGUAAACAUCCGCGCACAAAGAGACUCCACCCCUCGCCAUGAGACACACAUGUAUAUUGCCCAUCUGGCAGUUGCAGACCUAUGUGUGUGCGCCACCCUGCCUGUGUGGGUGAGCUCGCUAGCCCAGCAUGGCCACUGGCCCUUCGGUGAGGUGGCAUGUAAACUCACACACCUUCUGUUCUCCGUCAACCUCUUCGGCAGCAUUUUCUUCCUGGCCUGCAUGAGUGUUGACCGCUACCUAAGCGUGACGCAGCACGGAGACAACGAGGGAGGGGUGCGCAGGAAGCUAAUCCGCCGUGGAGCUUGUGUAGGGGUGUGGCUUCUGGCUCUGGUUGCCUCCCUGCCAGACACCUACUUCCUACGUACUGUGAAGUCAGCACAUGGGGACACCAUGCUGUGCAGGCCUGUGUAUCCGGGUGAAAACCCUAGGGAAUGGAUGGUGGGCGUGCAGCUGAGCUUCAUCCUGCUGGGCUUUGUUCUCCCCUUCCCCGUCAUCGCAGUGUUCUACGCCCUGCUAGCCAGAGCUUUUACCCGCUCCUCUUCUUCUUCACCCUCUUCCACAGUGGAGCAGGAGCGUCGUGUAAGCCGCAGGGUGAUCCUGGCAUACAUUGUGGUGUUUCUGGGCUGCUGGGGGCCCUACCACGGUGUCCUCUUGGUUGAUGCCUUGUCUCAGCUGGGCCUGGUGCGUCUGACCUGUGGCCUGGAGAAUGUGAUCUACGUGGCCUUACACCUCACCCAGUGCCUGUCCUUGCUCCACUGCUGUUUCAACCCCAUCCUCUACAACUUCAUCAACAGAAACUACCGCUAUGACCUCAUGAAGGCCUUCAUCUUUAAAUACUCCACAAGGACAGGCUUGGCACGCCUCAUUGAUGCUUCCAACAUUUCAGAGGCUGAGUACUCUGCUGUAGCUGUAGACAACCCACCACAGAUUUGAAAUGUACAAAACUCAAAUAGCAUUUCUUGAACACUGUUUCUAAAUCUUCAUGAAUAUAAUGCAAUAUAAAUGUAUGUUACAACUAUGUUAUUUUUCCUUAUCAGAAUUUGUCCACACUCAGCAUUCUUUGUACAGACAUCUGCUUGAGUCAUGUAGAAAAGCUUGAAGACAAGCUAAUAUCAACGUUGAUGAACCAAUUUAAAAGCACUUAGAAAGCAGUUGUAUUAUAACAGUUGAUACUGAAAUCAUUUGGAUAUUGUCACUCAUUUGUAAAGCCAAAUCAGUGGCUGUAAGUGUGUAAAAUCAUUGCAUGUAUGUGUGUGUGUGUGUGUGUGUGUGUGUGUGUAUUUGUGUGUGUUGGUGUGUUUGGUGUGCAUUAUCUGACAGGCUGUGGAUAUCGAUACUAUCAACAAAGUAAUAUAGUUAAUCUUUUUAUUAUUAAGUUGUAUUUAUAUACUGUAUAUUUGAACGGUUUUGCCUCUUUCAUGUUGUAAAUCAAAGUCUUCCCACACUGACAUUGUUCAGUGCUCCACUUCAUCCAAUGCUGCUUUUUCAUUUUAGUUGAGCCACUGACUGGCUCAGUGUUUUAGUCCUGCUGUCUCAUUGUUAAUCAUAACCUCAUCAGUUGAAUCCUACAGACAAAUUAUUUAAAUACAUGUUGAGUCUACCCUGCAACUCAGGUUUGUAAAUUAAC